AUGUGCCACUCGCUCGGGGGCAAAGUGGAGGCGGGCGUCAAGCGUGAGUUCGGACACGCUGACCUUCUCAUUCGCGAAGAUGUGGCGCUGCAAAGCCAAAACGGCGCGAAGAAGACCAAAGGCCGCGCCAAGAUACCCCCUGGCUUUGCCUCCAUCGCCUACACCUCGAACACCGAGUACGCGGCCAUCGAAGAUCAGGUGGUGCGGCAUUUCUACGGCGUCCAAUACCACCCAGAGGUGACGCACACCCCGAAUGGCGCGACCAUGAUUAAGAACUUUGUGCUGAAGGUGGUUGGCUGCAAGGGCGAGUGGAACAUGCACGACUUCUGCCAAAAGCAGAUCGACAUCAUCAUGAGCAAGCUCCACGGCAAGUACGUGGUGGGCGCUGUCAGCGGCGGAGUGGACUCCAGCGUCGCAGCCGCCUUGGUCCACAAAGCGAUUGGAGAUCGCUUCCGACCUUUCAUGGUGGACACCGGGCUUCUGCGCAAAGACGAGGCCCGCAUCGUCAAGGAGCGCCUGGAGAGCCACAUCCCAGGCAUGAAGCUGAAGGUGCUGGAUGCCACCGGCGACUUCUACAAGGAGCUGGCGGGCGUCACGGAGCCUGAGAAGAAGAGGAAGAUCAUCGGCCGCCUCUUCGUGGAGGCCUUCGAGAAGGCGGUCUCUGAGAUGGGACUCCCUCACGAGGACUGCCUCCUCUUGCAGGGCACACUGUACCCGGAUGUCAUCGAGUCCACCUCCUACAAGGGCCCCUCCAGCGUCAUCAAGACCCACCACAACGUGGGCGGCCUGCCCGACCGCAUGAAGAUGGAGGUGAUUGAGCCUUUGCGGCUCCUCUUCAAGGAUGAGGUCCGCGCGCUGGGGAGGGAGCUCGGUCUUCCCGUCACCUCGGUGAUGCGCCAUCCGUUCCCCGGCCCUGGCCUGGGCAUCCGCAUCAUCGGUGAGAUCAACAAGGAGACAGCAGAUCGCUUGUCCCACGCCGAUGACAUCUACAUUGAGGAGCUCCGAAAGACUGGGCACUACGACAAGAUCGGGCAGGCCUUUGCCGUGCUGCUGCCCACCGUGCGCUCCGUAGGGGUCAUGGGCGACCACCGGACGUACGAGAAUGUGUGCAUCCUCCGCGCCGUGACCACCACCGACUUCAUGACCGCAGAUUGGUACGACAUGCCUCACGAUGUCCUGGCUCGCAUCUCGAAUCGGAUCAUCAACGAGGUGAAGGGUAUCAACAGAGUGUGCUACGACGUCUCUUCCAAGCCUCCGGCUACCAUUGAGUGGGAGUAG